UUUUGUGUUACUAAGCUUAGUGGUGAUCAAUACUAGUACUUAGUAGUUCCAUUGUAUGCUGGGACCGUCUCGAAUGAUUGGCUGCUCCUCCUUAAGUCACCUGUCAUCUACACAGUACAGUUCAGGUGAUCUACUUCUACUACCAAGUACUCUAGCGCUCACCUUAGUCUAGCCCCAAGGCUACCUCUGCGCUUCAAGCCAUAGUCAAUUGUCAUGUUUCACAGGUCUUUGUUUCUCAUGUAUAGUAAUAUCCUAGUAUGUAUCGCCCUAUGCAACGGUCCCAAGAGGGCACACAGCUCGCCUGUUUAUCUUUGGCGAAAUUUUCUUAUACAACUACUUCAAUCAGUCACAGGGGUCCUUUUAAUUGGAGUCAUAUAAUCGGAAACGGUGAUAUUGUCUGCACUUUUGAAAGGCACGCAAUGCCUGCACCUCUCUAUAGCAGGGUUUUGCUGAAGGUCAUGCGUGACCAUGACAUUCUUGAGCAUAUCGAUAUCACACACCUUUUGAGAGAUGCUAUGGACCAGCUUCAGUCAAGUCAACAUGGUCAAACAAAGCCAAUCUUCGCUGUUGUCGUGAAGCUGCCAUGCCUUGCGGUGAAAUAUCCAGAAGGGAGUGGAUACAUUCGUCGGUUUCAGGUCAAGUUCUCCUUAGAGCGUGACUUUUACAGUGCGCUUUCCAUACUCAGCGAUAUCAAGUGCCCUUUCUCAGAGUCAAGCCCUGGCUCAAUAUCAGUAACUCGCAGAUUGACUUCAUCACAACCGCCCAUGCCACCUGCACCUUACCCAGCGGAAUCCUUUUCUAACCUGCUUAGACUAAAUGGUAUUCCUGCUCUGAGGAUUCCACCCUCCCCACUAUAUUCAGGGGCAGUCAGUCUGCCGGUGAUGACACCAGACCCAACUCCCGGCACCCUGAACCCAUCCUCAUAUACUGCCUUUACAUGUCAAUCAGCACCCAAUGUCAGUCAAAGGCAUAAUUCAAUCAGUGCUACCGCCCCUAUGAAACAGUCAUUACUUCACACACUGAGCGACGGUGCCUCAACUGGAGCCGCGUCAAUACCUUCAACAGCUACAAUUUGCCACGAUUUUCAGGCUCUGAAUCAGCUUUUACCUCCGAAAAGAGACCUGCCAUUUCCCAAACAGCCGGCAAAGGAACCGUGUUCAACAUUGCUGGCACGACCUUCUACCAUCUCUCACACAGAAGACGCAUAUAAGACAAUACCUAAUCCAGCCACACGACCAACCCUUAGCAGACCGGUACUACCUCUAAAACAGAUAGCCACAGAAAAGAUGCAGAAUUCAAGAGUUAUCACACUCAAAUACCGCUCAUCUUCACAGUCACAGCCGAGCCAAGAAAAACUUACCCCUUGUCAAGUUUCCCACAGACAUAAUCUCACACAACCAAUCAUAACACCACACAUACUACCAGAAACUACUCAUCAGUCUCCACUUGUAAUCCAGCAGGAUACACCUUUUCUGAAUCAAUGCCCAAAUACUGAGAGCAGUCGCCAGGAACCCCAGCAUACUCUCCUCACAGAAGCAGAUCUCUCAGUAUAUAUGGCGUCGCCGACUGCUGACCGGACACGGAAGCUGGACAACUGGAUCUGCCGGAACAUCGAAGAUGAUGGUUUUUUGCAGCUUUGUGAGGAUGUGGAAGGAAUAUGGAGAAGGUUUGCAUUGGGCAAGUGACUUUUCCUUUGCUUCCUGUACAAUCUUCGUCCCCUUUCAACUUCCCUGAUGGCUGAGCUUCACCGGGCUUGUGUGAGUUCAACGUCUGUAUAGCAUAGUCGCAAGAACCUUUAUUGCAUAUGCAAAACUUGC